AUGUUGACAAGAAUACUAUGCCUCCCACCCAACGGUCCGAUUCCACCCCAGCCCAUUCCUCAUCAUUCACACCGCCAUCAUCUCAAGCCGCUCCCGCCAUCCCGCCAUUUCACUUCGGAAAUUAUUCACAGUUGCAAGGUGGAAGUUUGCAUUUGUGAAUCCUUGCUACCGUCCACUGCAGUAAGCUUCUACUUGCUCGCCUCACCUAUAGAGUACUCCUACCUGCCGUGUUCCUUCCAGAAGGGCUGGGGUGGCCCUCCAAUUAUAAACCCUGCUUGCCUGCGUUGCCUGCGUUGCCUUGCCUUUGCCCAGGCUUGCACUUGCACCGUUAUACCCGUCUCAGCACGGUGA